AUGGUGGGACCUUGGGCUACUGGGUUGAGUGGUCAGCUAAGAAAAGCAUUUGUCACUAGUGUUCCAAAGUUGCAGAGAUCGAAACUGGUAACUGCUUGCGAAGAUUUUAGUAAUAUAAUCGGUUCAUUAUCAGACGAAACAGUUUAUAAAGGGACUCUUUCUAGUGGAGUAGAGAUAACAGUUAUUUCUACAGCAAUGAAGUCUGCUGAAGAUUGUGACUUUUUCAUCAUUGUGUUUACUUUUAAUGUCGUCCAGAUUGCAACACUUUCGCGGGUAAACCAUAAGAACUUUGUGAAUCUGAUCGGUUUUUGUGAAGAAGAUCAGCCUUUCACAAGAAUGAUGGUCUUCGAAUAUGCUCCAAACAGAACACUUUUUGAGCACCCGCACAGCAAGUUUCAUCAGUUACUGAUGGUUUCAUCAGUUACUGAUCAUGUUAGAGUGCAAGACUCAGGUGCCAAAGACCUAUGUGAAAACACUACUUGUUAG